ACAGAUCAAAUUUCCUGUUUAGGUGUAUAGGACUACAGUUAGCAGUUACUUUCCCGCCUAAGGGUAUUAGUGUUCUGUGCUUCCUUAUAUAUUACUAUAUCUUUGCUUCUGUGGUUACUAAUAUUCUUUGGUAACACCUUUGUGUUUACUUUAGUUUUUUUUAUAUUGGUUAUCUCAAAUACUUAUAAUUUUAGAUAUAAUGCAUUUAAAAUGUUUAUUAAUAUUGUUAUUGGAAAUAGUAUUAUUUGUCGAUGGAGGUAAACACUUUAGACUUGGACGAAGUAAAGGCGGAAAUUUAGGUGUACCCGGCAAUUACGCGGGUGAAAAAUUACCACCCGCCGAAUGGUUUAUACAAAAAUUAGAUCAUUUUAGCCCUACCGAUUUAAGGACUUGGAAACAGAGAUAUUAUGUGAAUGAUAGCUUCUAUGACUAUAAAAAUCCAGGGCCCAUAUUUCUGAUGGUCGGUGGAGAGGGACCAGCUGAUCCAAGAUGGAUGGUUAAAGGCACUUGGAUUGAUUAUGCUAAAACAUUUAAAGCUUUCUGUAUCAACUUAGAGCAUCGAUAUUAUGGAGAGAGCCACCCUACUAAUGACCUCAGCGUAAAGAACUUGCAGUACUUAUCUUCUAGCCAAGCAUUGGCAGACCUGGCAAACUUCAUAACAGCAAUGAAUGAUAAGCUCAAGUUGAACAAGGAAGUUAAAUGGGUGGCAUUCGGUGGAUCUUACCCUGGAUCAUUGGCUGCUUGGUUGAGGAUGAAGUAUCCCCAUCUGGUAUUUGCAGCUGUUUCCUCCAGUGGACCAUUAUUGGCGAAAGUCAAUUUCAUGGAGUAUUUUGAAGUGGUGGUGAAUGCGCUCCGUGAGAAAACGGGUGGGGAGGAAUGUGUCAAUCAGCUGCGUCUUGGGCACAAACAGAUAGAGGAUAUGAUGAAGACUGAGCCAGAUGCUAUUGAAAAGGAAUUUAGGGUUUGUAAACCAUUUGUUAGGGCUACGAAGAACGAUUUGAGGAAUUUUUUCAACUCCAUAGCGGACGACUUUGCCGACUUGGUUCAAUACAAUGAGGACAAUCGUAUUAGCUCCGAUACCAAGUACAGAAAUAUCACUAUUAAUACUGUAUGUAAAAUGUUGACGGAGCCCGGCGAAAGUCCAGCCUACAAACGCCUGGCUGCAUUUAACUCUAUCAUGUUGGACAAAGCUAACCAGACUUGCAUGGACUACAGUUACAACAACAUGAUCAAUGACUUGAGGAAUAUAACUUGGGGAUCGGAGGGAGCCCGUCAGUGGAUGUACCAGACGUGCACCGAGUUCGGUUUCUACCAGACCUCGUCCGGCGAGGUGGAAGUGUUCGGUGACCACUUCUCUUUGGACUUCUUUAUACAGCAGUGUCAAGAUGUUUUCGGUACAAAAUUCAACGAAAACUUCGUAGAUAGUAUGGCAGACUGGACCAACAGUUACUAUGGAGGGCUGGGCAUCUCAGUUAGUCGCGUUGUAUUCGUCCACGGCUCCGUAGACCCCUGGCACGCAUUAGGAUUGACAACUACAGAGGACAACGACGCUCCUGCUAUAUUCAUCCACGGUACCGCUCACUGUGCGAACAUGUACCCGGCCAGCGAAAAUGACCCUGCCGAAUUGACGGAAGCGCGUCUUGAAAUACAACAAUACAUUGGCACCUGGCUGGGGCAACCUUAAAUCUAUAUUAGUUGUAAGAAGAAUAAUCUCCAAAGAUAAAUACCUAGGUUAAAAAUAAAAAAUAAACUUGGACGUCGGCACCGCGCGGCAAAUCAAGUACAUUAUAAACGGGAAAAUCCGUAACAUUAGAUAUUAUAAUAAGGCAUAGACAUUCUAUUUUUUAAUAUAUACAUAUUGCAAUAU